UUGUUCUCAAAUUUAGUUCUCCAUUAUCGCCCAUUCGAAAACAACAGUUCAAAAUCAGGUGUAUGUGAACUUGUGAAGUGAUAGAGGACGGUAUGGCUAGCAAACCAAGGAAGAGAAAGGCAUCAAGCAAGGAUGAUGGUGAUGCUGAAGAUUAUUUAACAAAACCUAAGAAGACGAAGGAUGCAGUUGAUGAAGAUGAGGAUGAUGCUGCCAAUGGAUCACCAUUUAAAUACACGCAACCAGUUGUAUCUCGAUCCACUGGGAGGAUAAGGAAGAAAUCAUCAAAGCUACGAGAAAUGGAAGAAGAUGCUAUGGCGGAUGCAGAAGAAUUGGAGCAGUUAGAGGACCACAAAACAAAUGUGAAUGCAUCAAAAAAAAAGUCCAUGAAAUCAGAGCCAACAUCUCCUUUAGCUAGUAUGGGAAGUCCAAAAGAUUCCCCUGUAACUGCCAAGAGUCCCAAGAAAUCUAAAAGUGCUCCAGUGGUACAAGAGGCUUCACCUGGUAAGGAUGAUGAGAGCAUGAUUAAACUCCUACUUACCUCCCCUGCCCCCAGUGUAGCUACAUUGGACACAGAUGCUGCAACCAAGUCUACCACAAAGAAGAGUAAAUCUGUUCAACUUGAAGAAGUGAUGCAGCCACAAGAUGUUGAAACACAAAGUGAUAAUACAAGUGCGCUAAAGUUAAAGAUUCAUUUGGGAUCUGACCCUGGUGUUGAGACAGUCGUUGCCUCAUCUGAGCAGAAACCCAAAAAGGCACCCAAGAAAACUCCCAAAAAGAAGAAGGAUGUAACAGCUGAAGUUGAAACUAACCCUGGUAUGGCUAUUGAACCAAUGGAUGACCCACUUGUGGUAGCUACUCCCCCACCAAAAUCUGCAAAGAAGCCAGCUAAACCAAAAAUUCCCAAAACACCUAAAAUUCCCAAAAAGGAAAUAAAGUUUGAAUCUGAAGAAUCAGAACUGGAAUUAGGAGGUUCUGUGUUUGCCUCAGAGGCACCCUCUCCAGUUAAGACUGCAAAAACCCCUAAAGUUAAGAAACCAAAAGCUCCAAAGAAACCGAAAAAGAGUAUAGCAUCAGAAAUGGAGUCAAUUACAGUAGAGCGAUGUUUUGAUGAGCCCGAAGAUGAAAUACCUGUCCAUGAGGUAGUGCUGCCAUCUAUGUUGCAUGAUGAGGAUGAAUCGGAAACAAUUGAAACGACAGUAGAAACUGUUGAAAAUGAGCCAAUUGAAGAUGAAUCUGAGGGGUCAUUCCUAGGGGGAUCAACAGAGGUUAAGCCAACAUUUAAACUCCCAAAGGAACCAAAACCAAAGAAGGCAAAAACUCAAAAAGUUCCGAAAGUGAAUAAGAAAGUGAAAAUAGGGGAAGAUGGCGGGGAAUUAUUGCCAGGAUCAUCAGAGGAGAUGCUUUCCCAGGAUUCCCCACAGCAAUUUGAAUGCCUGAAGUCUGGUGAAGUUGUGAAACGCAAAGGGAAGCACCAAUCUGCAUCAAAGAAGAAGAGAAGGAGGCGUUCAGGGCCUACAGCUUAUAUGUUGUACUGUAAGUCCAUCAGAGGUCGUAUUCAAGAACAGAAACCUGACCUUGAUUUUGCUACAACGAGUAAAAUGCUUGGUGAAAGAUGGCAUGGCCUCCCAGAAAAAGAGAAAAUGAAUUGGAAGAGAAAGGCUAAAAGGAUUUGUAAAAAGACAAUGGAACAAAAUAUGCAGCAGGUGGUAAAGAAAAGCAAUGAGAAUCAGUACAUCAAAGCACAAGGGAAAAGAUACGGUACAAUGACUAAGCGACAAAUGACAGGCCAUAUAAAGGGUAUGGCAUCAAAUGUAUCUGGAGCCCUAGAACUGGGUGCAUCAAUGUCUAAGACAACCAGUACAAACCCUGUAGAUGGCGCUGCCCAUCUAAAACUUCUCGGAGACUCGCUGACCCUGAUUGGUACAAGGCUGAUUGACCACAAGGGUUUCAUAGCAGUACAAGGCAGUCUUUCUGUACUAUUGGACUCUUUAAUAUCUGCAUUAGGACCUCUCACUUGUCUCACAAAACAACUGCAUGAAACCAAUGGAUGUUCUGAAGAACAAUUAUCUGAAAUCUUGGACAAUAUUGCUUAUGUGAUGCCUGGAUUAUAGCAAAGCAUGCAUUAUAUGGAGCAGUGAAACAUUUGUAAAUAAUACAUUUUCAUGGAUCACUUGUUUUCAAAAACAAUAUCAAAACAGAUGAGAAAUAUUGGAUUCUUCAUCCAAUAGUAAAACAUGUGAUAUUACUUAUUCAGUGUUGUAUAUAAGCUAGAAAUCAUAUUAUAAUAUUGUUAAAAGUCACUAGUACCUUAGCAGAAGUGAUGAUCUGAAUGGCACCUCCAUAUACAUUUACUUUACACCAUCAUAUAUAGUAUAGUUUACAGUACAUGAACUGUGUAUGCAGUCUUGAGUUAAAACAUUCAAAGUGACAUGAACAUAGACAAUGUAGGCUGUGGUUCUAGCUGUUCUUUGAAGUAUUACCAUUUGAUGAAUUAAUUAGAUCAAAUAUGAAUCACUUUUGUGAAAGCUUGAUUGUGAAUAUUAAAAAUAAAUAUAGAUGUCAUUCAUAUAAUACUGUAAAAAAUAGUUCGUUUCAAAACAGAUAUGUACCAUGGGUUAACCUUAUUUUAUCGCAUCUUCCAAAGUGCUAUACUGUAAUCUUU